CAGCAUUGCAGUGGGACAUUUGCCAAACCCGGCCACAGAUUAGAACAUUCAUUUGCCAAUAAUGAUAAGAUAGGCGGUAAAGAAUCAUUGCCAGCAACUCGUAUCACCACCGUUGUAUGUUUGAAAUGUAGAGCAACUGCACGAGAUUGCAGAGAGUAUCACGAAAUUAAUAUGCAAUUAUAUGCACUUCACCUUCACGAGGCUUGGUUCUCGAUGGACUUUGUGGCCUUUGCAUUGGUUCAAUUGUGGCCUUGGGCUUUCACUCCAUAGCUUUUACUCAUAAUACCCAUAUUGAUAAUCUAUGGCAAGUUAUUGAUCGGACUGUAAAGUGCUGAGGUGGUGAGCAGUGUGUAGUAAGUUCAGACGAUGAUGUCCGGAGAGCAUUCAGACAGCUGGUGACUGCUGGUGAGAGACUGAGGGGCGAUAUCUGAUGUCUGAAGAUCCUCAUGGCCAAGGAAGACCGAAUUCGAUGAGCAAAGUUGCGGAUAAGGCUGCUCAAGGAGGUUCUGGAAGCGAAGAGCAGGUGCAUUAAAACACUUCUUGUGGAAGAUUGGAGUCCGAGCAUGAAUGAAUGAUAAAUGUGGGCCUGACCGGUAAAGUAUACAGUACCCGAGAUUUCCAAAAUUAAUGCUCCCCAGAACUAUCAGAGCAAAUCUGCACUCGUCUGAACCCAAUACUGAUUACUCCUCGUCCCAGUCUCUCACGGCUCGACAGUGUCCUCCCCCGCAUUUUAUGAAAGGGGGAUCGCCCUGUUAUCACGGAGGACGAGAGCCCUGGACAGCCGCAAACCUCUGGCUGGCUCGAGCCGAGAGGUCGGGUCAACCCUCAGGCUCAGCCUCAGCCUCAAUCAGAUCAGGAACCAGGUGAAAGAACCGGAGCAGCGAUGCGGGCACAGUCAACAGUCGUUGAACGGAAGCUGCGAGAAAGGGAGACAGCGGAUUUGCGCAGCCACAUGCUCGGAGUCGGAGUAAUCUCGGCAUGGCGCAUCGGACGCUGCCGAGCACCCCCCGAACCCGGAUGAUGUUCCUCCGCAUGCACGCACAGUGUUGGCGCUUUGGGAAACCGACGGCGUUAUUGCGCUUGCAGCAGCCCGCGCAUCGCAUUGCAGUGCAGUGCAGAGCUGAGCUGAGCUGAGCUGAGCUGAGCAGGGGAGUGCAGUGCAGUGCUCCUCCCCUCCCCUCCCCUCCCCUCCCCUCCCCUCAUGCAAUCUCCUGUUGGCGGAGAAGGGAGGAUCCAGUCCACUCCACUCUCGCCCUUUUCUCGUUCCUUCCUUCCUUCCUUCCUGCCUUCCUCCCUCCCACUCCCUUCCACUCGAUCAUCAUCACAGGACAUUGUUCCUGUUCCUGUCGCCAUCGCUGUGGACCGCCAGGUGACCCCUUCUCGUGGUGGCCCCUCGCUCGCUCAUACUUACAUUCAUUCAUUCGUUCCAUCAAUCCGUUGACUUCCGUCCGUCCCGCUGUCCUCAUUGUCCGUGUCUCCCACUUCCGAUGCCAAUCUCAUGCACAAGGCGUUUGACUCGUUCAAAGGUGGCGAUAAUUGUCCUCGACGAGAUGAGAGGCGGUUGUGGCGUGCGUCGACGAGUUGACAUGCUAUGCCAUGCCAAGCCAUGCCCUCUUUUGUGCACAAGUACAUCCAGCUAGAAUACAAUGUGCCCUUUCUUCUGGGAUUCGGCCUCUUACAGCCGCCCCCCUACUGCUACUACCACUACCACUACCACUACUACCCAGCCCAGCCCAGCCUCGCCUGCAGUGCGAUCCUCGGCCCAUAACUUGAGACUUGGAUCCUGAAGACUGUACAGAUCGACUGCACUCAAGGUCCGAUUUAUCUCGAGGAGUAAAUCUUAUUCUACCUCCUCAUGGUACGCGUCUCUGGGAGGACGGGCAUGUGAACAUUCCUCUGGGUACAGUCCUCGUCUCGCAUGGCAGAGCAGAGCAGAGCAGAGCAUUGGGCCUACAAUGUGUACCCAGCACAUCCAUGCUCACGGAUUCAUUGCGAGCAGAGCAGAGCACUCACUCGGUGCUCACUCCUUCGACGAGGGGAUGGGGACGGUUUCCCCGUGCCGAUGAUUUGGCUCCUUGGUUCUACUCUUGCGCCUGAGGAUUUCAUUCCUCUCUGCAGUACGCGUCGUCCCGUGUCCUCGUCGAGAGCAGGGGCGAGCGAGGGGCAGACAUUUAUUUAUGUGGCGCGAUUUCAUUCUCUCUCAAGAAACUGCAAACUGCAAAUCCCGGGCCAGCAGUUUGGCUCAACUACAUUCCACGUAACGGCAUGAUCUGAUCCGACCACGAACCGUGCUGAGCCCUAGCGAGAGGAGUUCUAGAUUCUCGUCGGAUGAUGAGUGAUGGAGUAGGGUGAAUCAUGAAGGAAGAUCUCCGGCCACCACGAGAGACCAAGGCCCCAAUCAAUGAGGCCUGUGGCCGGAGUACUUGCACACGGAGAGUGCCCAUUUCCCCGCUUAAACUAUUGCCGAUGCAUGGCGACGAGAUCUUCUCAUGCAUGGAUCGUCCUAUCCCGAAACUCAGACAGGCACCGAGACACCAUGAGGAAGGUUCGGGCGUAAGAGAAGACCCAGAGAGAAGCCGGUCCGAUCUGGUCGUCGAUUGCCGAUCGAUAGACAGAGAUCCACGCCCUGGUGCAGAUGGGCAUUGAAAAGUUGACAAAGAGGCCAGCAGCAGUUGGGCUGCACUGCUGCUGCCGCUGAUACGAAGGCAGCCACGGUCCUGCUGCUGCUGCUGCUGCUGGCGAUAGUAGUAGAAUAAGCGUGCGCAUGCGCGAGAAGGCUGUCUGUCUGGGGCGGGGCUGGCUCGGCUCAUGGAUCCGAUAUAACCGAACCUCGUCUGCGAACACGAAAAGGGGACGACGAGAUUUCAUGGAGCUGUAUUGCAGUCGUGCACAGCGGAAAUAUUCUCGGGAGGGGGGAGGGAGGGAGGGAGGGAGGGAGCUUGACAGGAGCUGACAACAUCUUCGACUCGAGAGGUGGAAAGCACAAGCGCCAAAACGGCCACAGGUAACCUAACUGCAGAUAGACAUGGCGACGGCGAUCUUCUGCCCAUGCUGGAGGCAAUAUUUCUCGAAAAAGCACUGAUCUGAUGUGGGAGGACGAGGGGGAGGAGGAGGAGGGAGGGAGAAGACGGAACGGGAAGGGGGGAGGAGAUCGGAUGGUCACUGGCACUGGCAGCAGCAGCAGCAGCAGCAGAAACAGAAUUGUGCAUCCUCGCCCUCCUGGAACGCAAGGAGUAGAUGAACCCACUUGGCCAAAAGGAAGCAAGAGCUCAACCACCUUGCCAUUCUUCUUCGAUGCAAAUACAAGCAACAUUGAAGACACGAGGUUGCGCCUGGAGCUUCGUUUCCUCGCAUCGGAUCCACGAAUAGAAUGUUUGUCCACCGUCUCGCCUACGCCCUCUACUGCUCACUACAGUAUUCUCCUCCUUUGACCGUGUGCACCGUAUAUCCCGCCCCCCCUCCCCACAGGAGUUCAUUCGAGGAAGGCGUUGAAGUUGACUCAUGUCAGCUCAGCGGCAGCAGCAGCUGGUGGUCACCGGACGGGCCCGUACCGUACGUCGGUCAGACGGCACCGAACGGAACGGAACCGAACAGAGCAGAACCCUUCUGGUGCCUCGAGAACCGGCUGCUGCUGCUAACGAGCCAGGCUAGGCUUAGGCUUAGGACAGGGGGGAUGAGUCCCCGUUCUGCCGCCAGAUAAGAAGAUAAGCAGAGAGAGAGAGGGGUGGACGGACAGACGGACGGACGGACGGACAGGGGGCGGUUGCCAGCACUACGGAGAUGCGGCAUUUCUGAGGUCGGUUUAGUGGGUGGGAUCUGCCACGUGUCGGACGCGGGAGAUCCGUGGGCGGAGGGAGAUCGAGAAAGAGAAGGAGCGAAGGGGGUACGCCGGACAUGAGUCCACUGCGACUGCGACUGCGACUUCUCCCUCGGUGCCUUCUGCCGGAACUGCAGUACCCACCACACUCGGGCUGCGGUCGAUUGGAGCCUAGGGGAGCUGGCGGGCGAGAGUGCGGCCUUUGGCCUGAGUGGGGACUGCCUGCGGGACGGUGCCGCCUGGGUGGAGAGGUGGGGCCCGCCCGCAGCGUGCGCCAGAUGUUCUGUCUUGGACAGUGUCGGGCCGUUGAUACCACAUUUCGAGAAUGUAUCCACUUCUCGCCUCGCCUCUCGCCUUUUCGAGCCGGUCGCCACCACCACCAUCAUCAUCAUCAUCAUCCCCAUGGCCAUCUUCCCCUCCUCCUCAUUCGGUCAUCAGUGAGUCGGCCUGCAUCUGCUCUCGACUACAUCCACCUCGCCUCAUGUGAGCUUCUCAUGGGGAGGAGUGGGAUCUUCGAUUCAUGCUACCUAAAACACCAAACCUGUUGGAAUAAUAGGGAGAAUGUAAGAGAAUUCAUUCGAAUCAUUCUUCAUCGUCUCUUUGUUCAGAUGUGAAUAAAGUUAAAAUAUCUGUUCGUUCCUCUUCGCCAUUGAUGAGAAAAUUUCG